AUUAAUACUAAAAAUCUAUGACUAUCUACAAAUAUCUUACAGGUUGGACAAACACUACCCUCCAGGACUUUACAAAUGUGUCCUGGUCUUCAUCAAACUGCUGAAGAGAUAUUCCUUUAUUUCUAAGUGUCAGUGCUUCAAUUCAUUUCCAUCUGGUGUUGCUCCUAAAUCUCUGCAUUUGGCUGACCUGUGCCUGCCUCCUGUCAUCCAGUGCAGUGUGCUGGAUGGAGUCCAGUAGCUAGUGCAUAUAAUCCCCCAGCAUGCACUGAGCACCCGCGCGUCCAGAGCCAGGUUGUUGUUGCCAUGAGGACAGAGAAGCAACAGGGGGACCGAGCUGCAGCAACGCGCUUCCUCCGGAGGUUGAAUAUUUCAGAAUGGGAGGAUGAGGCUUUCCUGUAAUGAUUAUGUCUGUCUAUCUCUCUCACAUUGUAGGUUUCAUUUGGAUGUAUUUUUGAGCAACAGACAGUUUUGAGGUGGACCUGACAGACCAAAAGCGACGUACUCUGCUCUUUGAAUUUUCUUUGCUUGUAUCAACAGUUUAGGCCAUUUCAGGAAAAAACAACCCACUUGCAAAUGAACUGUUUUUUUAAUACAAAAUUGUGAAAAUGGAGCUAUCACAAUGACAAGCCCUUCAGACUGACGAGACGAGAUGGAUCCUUCAACAACAUGUGAGGAGAGCUGCCAGAACUGAGGGUGGCAUCACACUUGAUGUAUCUGUAAGUCAACGAAGACAGGACCCUCCAUCAGCAGCUGUCUGGUUAUGAAAAUCUACUUCCUGUUAUCCAAAGCAGGCCACCAGAUGUUUGAGGGGAUUGCUGUCCACCAAUGGCUGUGCUGGGGAGCUCUUUACCUGUUGGCAGCGGGGGUAGCAUUAACAUCUGAAACUCGUCGGCCGUGCCCACAGCCCUGCCGCUGCAACACCGUGCUGCUGGAAGUGAACUGCUCUGACAGCCAAUUCACCACAGUGCCCGACAGUCUCCCACAAGACACCAAACUGCUAAACUUAACACAUAAUAAGAUCAAGACUCUGGUGCAUCAGCAGUUCAAGACUUUGACACGACUUUUACAGUUGGAUUUGAGUGACAAUAUUAUGGUAAUAAUUGAAGUGGAAGCCUUUCUCGGCUUGCAAAGUCUGACAACUCUGCGUCUUGCUCGCAACCACCUGAAGAUUAUUCCUGUAGGAGCAUUUGCUGGUUUGCCAAAACUGAAGUUACUGGAUGUAAGCGGCAAUGAGAUCCUUGUUUUGCUAGAUUUUACUUUCCGUGGCUUGGCUGCCCUGCAGUUUAUUAAAGCAGCGGAUAAUGACUUAGUUUUUAUCUCUCAUCAAGCUUUCACUGGCUUAACCAGUCUGCAAGAGCUGCACCUUGAUGGCUGCAACCUCACAGCUGUGCCGACAGAGGCGCUCACACAGCUUGGUGGGCUGAGAAGUCUUUAUUUUCACCGACUGGGCCUCACCACGCUGCCAAACUACUCUUUCCGUCAUCUAGAGCAUCUCAAGGAACUUGUCAUUUCUCAUUGUCCCUGGCUGGAGACCCUGUCAGGAAACAGUCUCUUCGGCCUAAAUCUUACAUCCCUCACCAUCAGACACUGUAACCUCAGUGCUGUCCCAUACAUCCCGUUGCAUCAUCUUGUAUAUCUUGUAUACCUUGACCUUUCUUUUAAUCCAAUCACCUACAUUCAUGGGAACCGGCUUGGAGACUUGCUCCGGCUCCAAGAGCUUCGUCUGGUGCAGGGAUCAUUGCUUCGCAUCGAAAUCGGAGCAUUCAGGGGUUUAGCACAUUUCAAAUUGCUGAAUGUAUCUAGAAACCUUCUCACCACCCUUGAGGUGGGAGCUUUUCAUUCAGUGGACACCCUAAAAACUCUGGGACUUGAUAACAACCCAAUAGCGUGUGACUGCCGUUUGCUGUGGGUGGUGCAAAGACGACUACAUCUGGACUUUGGUGGAAAUCCACCGACUUGCAGUACGUCAGUCCAAUUGCAGGGCUGGAAUUUUCUAGACUUUACUGAAGCUGAGCUCCCAGGCCUGCUCACAUGUCGGCCGCCUCGCAUUCUGAACCGCAAACCUCAAGAAGUGAGAGUAGAUCAGGGACACACGGUGGUGUUUUAUUGCAAUGCAGAAGGUGACCCUCUGCCAUCUGUCACCUGGCUAAACCCACAGCUAAAACCUCUAUCACCCAUUGGUAGAAUACGGGCUCUCUCUAAUGGCUCGCUGGAGGUUCGCUAUGCUCAACCUCAAGAUAGUGGCACUUAUCUCUGUGUGGCAUCCAACGCAGCAGGAAAUGGCAGCCUGCCUGUCAGCCUUCAUGUCCGAGCCUUUCCAUCAUCUUCUAAAAACCCCUUUCGUCUUAAAGGUUGGUUUGCCUUUCCCUCUGCCUCUCCAGGUGUGAAUGGUAAUCAGAAACUCCCAUUUGAUGUCAAGACGUUGCUGAUAGCAGCAACCAUUGGGUUUCUCUCAUUUUUCGGCUCUGUGAGCGUAUGCUUCAUCUUUAUGUUCUUCUGGAGUAAGAGUAAAGGGCAAAUAAAGCACACAGCCACAAUAGCAUAUGUGCCACGAAGCGCCAUUUCAAGUAGUAACGGAGGGACAGGCAACUAUAUGGAAACAAGCAGAUUCACCAUGAAACUAAUAUGACUCAAUAAGUAAAUCAAAUCAAAUCAAUUUUCACUUGGUAUGACUUGGUACAUUAAGAGCUUAUGAACUGCAAAAUGUAAAACUUUUCAAGUAUUACAUUUUGGAUGUUAACUUGUGUCCAACAGAGGCUGGCUAUUGAUUAAUUCAUUUCAAUGUGAGCAUGUUAGCUAGAGCUUAUGUUGUGCAAAAAUGAAAAAGACAAGACAUACAGUGAAUUGUGCUGUUAUCAGUCCUUCUGGACAUUAAGAGGAUUUUAAGUUACAUUUUAGGAACAUCUAACCAAGAGAUAGACAUCGUUGAUUAGCUUUAUUUUUCAUGUCUGUCUCUCCACUAUAACAAAACCUGAAUGUAAAGCAACCAAAGUAAGCAAUUUAAUGAACAUAAUGCAUGUAAUAUGUAGAGAUGUAAAUUAUUCAGCUAAUUGUUUGUUGCUUAUAUUGCCCUUGUUGAUGUUUAUAUAUAGAAACAAUUUAAGAACUCAGUACAGAGAAUGUACCAGAAAUUAGUUUAUAGGCUUGCCUGGUUGACUAAUGGUUUAUUUGUUUGUUUUGUUCAUUUGGUGUCUAAAGAACAGAUUCAAUAAUAGAUUUAUUCAUUGAAAUAAUUAUUAUGGCUCUCCGAUGGUAGCCAUGAGACAACUAGAAUAUAUAAUAGGAAUGUUAACCUCAUAUUAAGGCUAAUGUACACAACACUUGCAUCUAUAUAGCAUAUCAUUCUACUUAAUUUGAUAAUACAUGUUUUGCUUGUAUUCUAAUAUUAUCACAUUUACGCUGUACUCAUUCUUUAAUGAAUGUGUGGAAUGUAUGUUUUUCCCUCCAGUAAAGCACUUCAUACAUUUGCUUUCUAAAAGAAGCAUAAAAUAAAAUUAUUGUGCUUUCAAAAAUG